AUGAGCGACAACGACAGUGAUGGCGGCACCAGAAUCAAUUAUCUGGAAUAUGAACGGGUUUGUACCAUGUAUGAGUUGUUUAAUGAAGUCCACAGCAACAAGUGUUCGUCGACAUUAGAGCUGGAGCGAGGACGAACAAAUGGAUUCAACCAGCAUUACUUUUCGAUGAUUCAGUAUAUCCUACAAAAAGACCCUGAUAAAUUCCUGUGGUGUACAGAAAACAAUUCCUGCAUUGAACAAGUUGUGUUGGAUAUUGGAUACCAUGAAGUUCUGGAUGCGGAGGGACAACAUCCAGUUGAUCCACACCAAUAUUACCAUCGCUGGACCACAGUGGCACGUGGAUUGGGGCAGUUGCAGGGACUCUGCAAACUCAGAAUCAACAGCAGAGAGUUAUUGGAAGAUCCAGAAAACGUCCCUGACUACCGAGCACUUGGUCUCAUUCUGCAGCACGCUCCGCAAGUGGAAGAUUUGUCCUUGUGUUGUUCGUUGUUGGGAAAUGACGAACAUUUGGUUCACUUUGCCAAUGCAUUGACCAAUCACCCCAACCUGAAACGAAUCUAUUUCGAACAACGUGUCGAUACACGAGCGCUCGACAGAAUUGCCACACAACUCGUCACGAUUAAGUCCCUGUCGGCUGUGGAGUUUGGGUUUUUGGUCAUUCGCAAUCGCAUGUUGCCAGACUCUUUUUUUGGCAUAUUGGCAAUGCCAUCCUUUACGACUUUGAUCAUUCACAAGUGCUUCUUGACGCAACGCCAAUGUCGGAUGAUGGCACAACAUUUGUCCAACAACAAUACACAACAAUCACAACUACAGGUUCUCGAUCUUCAACACUCUCCCGUUCAGGGGGCGGGCGUACUGGACAUCUUGACAGCACUCCAUCAACACCGUUCCAUCAAAGCCAUUCGCUUCACUCUGGCCAAUCUCAAUCAGGCUGCCUGUACUGCCUUGGGAGAAUUGGUGGCCGUCAACCAAUCUUUAGAAGAGGUCAAGUUCAUGGGACAAAGCUUUAUUGACAUGGACAAUGGAGGAGACAAUAACAACAAUAAUAUUGGCGAAGAGGAAUUUGAUACGGAAUGGCUGCUUCCCAUCCUGGUUCGUCUCCAAACCAACCGCCAUUUGAAAAUUUUGUCGGUGGAUGCCGCGAAUUGGUCCGAACGCCUCAUUGACGCAUUGGCGGCAUUUCUGCAGUUACCCACGUGUCCUCUGGAACGACUCAAUGUCACCUCGGGGAGUCUUCCUCCGGCGUGGCCAAGGCUGCUGCCAUCCUUGGGAACGAAUGCUUCCCUGAAACAGUUGAUGGUAUCGGGUGGAUUGGACCGAGAAGGAGCUAUUGAUAUUGCCGCGCAUGUGGCACACAACACCAGCAUUGAGGAGUUGUAUAUAAACGCCAUGACCGAGGAAUCGGAUGAUGAUGAUGAUGAUGACGAUGAUGAUGACGACCAAAUGGACAUUGGCAAUCAUACGCAACAACAGAGUGCGGUCGUCAACCCACUCGACUACCCCAAGGCGAGAUUGAUAGAGGCACUGGGACGCAACACAACCGUCAAGCUCUUGGAGGUGCGCUUUCGAAGGCAGUUUGAAUUUUUGGUGAGCGAGGGGGAAGGAAGGAAGCAACUAGACAAAGCGCUCAAAAACAACUAUGGGAUUCAUCGGCUGGGUGGUGCUUUUGACAGGGAAGAAUCCAUGGUUAGACCAAUUUGCAUGCUGAAUAAGGCGGGUCGAAAGUAUCUGAUUGAAGAUCCGUCCAACAAAGAACGGGCAACGCAAGUCUUGUUACAGGUGAUUGAAAGUUUGGAUGCCCUCUUCUUUCACUUGUCCGAGAAUCCAUCGCUUUGUGAAACGCAUUCCUGA